AUGUCGGCCAUGAUCAAGAACGGGCUGGCGGACAAUCACCCGCAGGCUCAGGAGGAGGAUGGAUGGUGGAAAGCUCAGACGGACAUUCACGUCCCGCACUACGCCUCAUACAUGAGUGAUACCAAUGAUACCAACUUCUUCCGAGCCAAGGAGUUUCUUCCGGAGCGCUGGCUGGGCACUGACCCCCAGUUCGAAGGAGAUAAGAAAGACACGCUCCAACCGUUCUCCAUGGGGGCCAGGAACUGUCUGGGGAAGAGACUGGUAUAUCACUUUGAUAUGGAGCUUUGUCCGGCGUCUAGGGGGUGGAAGGAUCAAUACACGUAUUUCCUCUGGCAUAAGCCAUCGUUGAUGGUGCGGUUGAGUGAUCGAUUCAAGGCUUAA